GGCUGACACUUAGGGCUAACGCUGUGUGUACACAUUUGGUUGCAGAUUGAGUUUUUCGGUGUUAUAUCUGCAAUAUCUAGAAAAACAUCUGUCUUAGUGCUAAGGUGACAGCCUUGGUUCAGUUUCAAGCAGAGAAGGCAAGUCGAGCAGUUAUGGCAACGUGUGCCGUCAUUGGUGGAUGUGGGUUUCUUGGAAGGCGGCUGGCAGAGAUGCUCCUAGAACAGGGAUACAGUGUUAAUGUGUUUGACAUCCAGCAGACUUUUGAGCAUGAAAAAAUGCGGUUUUUCAACGGAAAUUUGUGUAACAAGCAGGACUUGUUACCAGCACUUCGGAACACAGAUGUAGUGUUUCACACAGCCUCGCCCUCGGCUGCCAGUGAUAACCGGGAGCUGUUUGAGAGGGUGAAUGUUGACGGGAUGAGAGUAGUCAUCGAUGCCUGCAGAGAGGCUGGCGUGGAGAAACUAGUGGUCACAAGCACUGCCAGCGUGAUCUACGACGGCUCGGACAUCAUGAAUGCAACCGAAGAUUCACCCUACGCCAAAAGGCCCAUGGACUACUAUACUGAGACCAAAAUCAAGCAGGAGAAGGUGGUCCUUGGAGCGAACUCGUCGGAGGAUAACUUUUUCACAAUCGCCAUACGUCCACACGGUAUUUUCGGCCCACGUGAUCAACAAAUGCUUCCAAACGUAGUGAAGGCUGCACGGGCCGGCAAGAUGAAAUUCAUUGUUGGAAAUGGCAUGAAUCUUGUUGAUCAGACCUACGUUGACAAUGUUGUGCAUGGGCAUAUUGUCGCAGCGAAGAGUUUGGGAGAAGGCUCCCACACAGCCGGGAAGGCGUACCACAUCACCAACGACAGUCCGGUGUUCUUCUGGACGUUCCUGUCGAGCCUGCUCACGGGCCUCGGCUACGCGACGCCGCACCACCACGUGCCCUACUUCAUCGUGUACGUGAUCGCCGUGCUGCUGGCGGCGUGCAAGCGCGUGCUGUCGCCGCUGUACGACGUCGGCGAGCUGACGUUCACGCCGUCUCGCGUCGCGCUCAUCGCCACGCAUCACUUCUACAGCUGCGAGGCGGCGAAGCGCGACCUCGGCUACAGGCCGCUCGUGCCGAUGAACGAGGCCAUCGAGCGCACACUGGAGAGCUUCACGCACUUACGCAACAACGUCGUGACGUGAUCGCUUCGGGAGGAGGGAGGUUGAGUUUAGCGUACGUGUACCUGUCGCUCGCACCUCGGUGUUGACGAAGUGGGGUAUUGUUAAUCGUCGUGGAUAGCAAUAAUCGGCUUUUACAGAGCAGGUAAUGUGACUAGGUGGUGUGAUUGAAGAAUGGCUGUGAUGCGCUGAGUGACUUGUAGCUAUUUUUGUCGUAUGUCACUUAGAUGCGUUGAAUCAUCAGUGAGUUAGUUACGUGCAAUGCAAGGGCGAUCAUUUUUAGAUUUGGACAUGGAAUCAUGGGCAGGCAAGUAUAUGGCAUAUAUUAUGGCAACAGUUAUACAUCAAUGUAAUAUGUAUAGAUUUGCUCUUGUGCAGUCGUGAUAUCUAAGUCAGGUGAUGCAGUAUUUUUUAAAGGUAAUUUGUUCAGUUUGGAAUUGUUUCUAACGUUACUACAGGUUGUUUAAGUAAAAGCUGUGCAGAUAAGUAAAUUAUAUUCGUUAAUAAACAUGUUGGAGGGACUAAUGGGCGUAUGUUGUGCAGGGUAUAAAAUACUAGAGGAAAGUAGUGCAUAUGGUUUGCUUGUAGGCUUUCUAGAAUAAAUGUCACAGGGUAAUCAUUUGCCACGUAUAUGUCAUACUAUAUUUUUAAUUUGUAUAUAAAUGUAAUUUCUGUUUAUGUAUAAAAAUUAUAUAUACUUCUGAUAUUUUACUAUAUAGAAUAAUACAAGCAAAGAAAACUAUUAUGUUGGUGCUAGAAAGAUAUUUGCGUAUCCGUAUGUAGUAUACCACGUCUUAUCCUAUCUUGAUGGUAAUGCCUAAUGGGUGUGACCAUGUUAUGUGAGGAAAUUUGUACCCACAAUUUUUCAUUUUACUAGUUAGAUGACAAGUAAAUCGUAUAAAAUGUCAUUGAACAAUAUAUUUGUUAUCAUAAUAAAAAUACACGAAUGAGUGCAUAUUAUAUUA